AUGGUAGAAAGUCGAAUCUUAGUUAUAAAGGGUGAUUUCGCAAAUAUAUUCUCACUCGAACUGAAAGAUCCGAAGCAAACGCACAUAGUGAUGCCAGAACCACUUCCUUUACCUCCAGAGCCAGUUGGAAAAAAAGGCAAGAAAAAGAAGAAAAAGAAACCUAAACCGAAGAAAAAAGGAAAAAAGGGCAAAAAGGGUAAAAAGGGUGUAAUUGAAUUGCCACCACCAGAACCAGAAAUACACGUAGGGCAGUCUGUUUUAUUUGCCAGCACUGCAGAAUUGUUAAUACAAAAUAUGAAGAAAUGUCCUUUGGAAAUAUCAUUGUGGAGUAAGGACGAAAAUAUAGCCUUUAUCGGCAUCACUCGCAUAAAUUGGGAUCCUAUAUUUAUAAAAUUUUUAGAAGAUAUCAUGAAUUGUCAAGAACCUCCUCCUGUUACUUUAAAAGAAGAAUAUAACAUAUUUGAAGAAGGCAAAGCAAAACUUAUGGCAAAGAUAACCAUUCAAGUGAAACUGUCACACUUGAACGAGAAAGUUACAACGGCAUUCCGAACAUUGUCUGAAGACGCAAAUGUUAGAAAAUGUCUCUAUACUGGAAUUAAUUCCAAGACAACAUCUUUUAUGUGCACCUUAAAAACGUCAGAAGACCUUUACAUUGAAAAUAGUGGUAAAGUAGAAAGCCAGUUUGUAGUAGACAAACCGAAACCUACAAAAAUUAAUUAUGCUGAUUAUAAAAAUGCUCCUGCAGCUAAUCUUACGUUCUUUGACGAGAAUGAUUACUGUUGCCUUGGUCAUGCGGAUAAACCUCCUGAAUCCAAAUAUAAAUCUCCUGAGACUUGUCCUGACAUUGAUUUCAUAAUCGAUUACGUGAGGAAGAUUAUUGUGUCUUGCAAUGAUAAUAUGAGGAUGUUAACACCUCGCCCUACAAUAACCCCAAGGGUGAAAGCGACGGACAUUGACAGAUUUUGUUAUUGCCGAGAAACAACGUGGCCUGAGGGAGCAUUGGCUGAACGAUUUAAACACGAGGCACAAAGUGCUCCGUGCCCCAUUUGUAUUGAUCGUGGUAAAAAACCUAAGGUUCCACGUGGUGAUACAUUCGAUAUUGCUAAUAUUCGAGGUCCAUGCGGUAAACCAGAAUGUAGAAUUGCAAGGGAUAUAAGGGCUUACAUUGAAAACCUCGUUGACGAGGACAAUGUAGAAUUUAAUCUCCAGGAUCUUAUAGGGCCCUGUGGCAGUAAAAAAUGUACAUUAGUGUCACAGAUUCAAGACUUUUUGCGGCAUGAAGGUGCCUUUACCCACGCAGCAACACUCGAAGGAACAUCUACACAAUGCGGUUGUUUAGAAAAAAUGAGACAAUCACUUACUAGGAGAUCAUCAUGUGAAUCCAUUUGUAGUAAGGAUUGUGAAAAUGCUUCCAGUGAAGGAACUAUAUGCGAUGGACAAGGAUGUCCUUUCAAGAAACCAGAAAAUAAAGUAUAUGACGUAUAUUAUUUCACAGUCGAAUAUGAUUUCGAACAUAACAAUAACAAAAGUCCUGAAAGUAAAAGUCCUGAAAGUAAAAGUCCUGGAAAUAAAAGUCCCGAAAGUAAAAGUCCUGGAAAUAAAAGUCCUGGAAAUAAAAGUCCUGGAAAUAAAAGUCCUGAAAAUAAAAGCACUGAUGGUAAUGAAUCUGACGGCAAAUCGUCUAAGUCGAAAUAUAAAUUCUGUGGUCCGGAAUGUCCAAGUAGAAAAGAUUCUCUCUCAAAAAUUACCUGCUCUAAAACCGUGUGCUCUACUGACAAUGCUAAAAAUAACGAUCCGGAAUCUUCACCUUGCACCACACCAGUAUGUACUCAAGCACAUGAAUUUCCUCCCAGUCCAGCAGACAGUAACAUAGAAAUGAAAUUUGAUGAAAUUCGUAAUCCUUGUUGUGUAAAGUCUUGCGAUGUAGUUGAUAGGAUAAAGGAAUUUAUCGCUGAUGGGAUGACAAAGAAGUGGACUAGUGAACCAUGCGCUGUAGGAGAUUUAGAAGAUAAGGAACCAGAUCCAUGCUAUUGUGACUGUGUUUGCACAUUCAAGUUUUCGAAUAAAACUACUUAUUGUUCUGUUUGCGGAGGAUACGAGUGUCUUGGAGAUGAUAUGCGAGAUCAACCAGAUUAUAUUAAGCCUCAUCCAUGUCCAGUGUAUCACAAAUUAUACGAUAAAAAGUAUAUAAAAGUUCCAAACCCAUGGCCUGAAGAUGAAAAGAAAGAAACACAGAGUUCUAAGAGUUCCAAGGGUGGGUCAAGGUCUGGCGAAAGACUUGGCACGAAAGGAGCAGCCGCGCCGAAAGCUGCAAAAGGAGUAAUUGAUAAAAAGACUGUACCAGAUAAAAAAACAGGGCCGUUAAAAAAAGAAAUGAGCGAAGACAAAGUUAAAAAAAUUACAAAAGAAUCUGAUGAAGAUCUGACUCAGAAGAAAGACGUUCAGAGAAGAAAAAAGACACCAAAGGAUAAAUUUCGAAAAAAAUUUGAUAAGAAGAAAGGUUCGGAAUCUGGGACACCUGGUCAAGUGGUUGUCAAAAAAGAAAAAAAACGUUUUCAUCACUACCCUCCAGUGCCUCCACACAUGGGUUGGAAUUGGGAGGCCGAAGACGUGCCUGGAAUGAAAUUACGGCCCAAUUGGCGACCAGGAGCUGCAAAUGCUAUUUUGGUUAGAAGGUAUAGAGCUCAAAGAGAGGGUCUGGAUAGUGUGAACAAGAAGAAGCGUGCUAUGAUGCAGCGCAAGAAAAAAAUAGAAAUGAAACCUACACUGAUUGUUACUAAACGUGACGGAGAAUACACAGUUCAAAUGGAAGUGUUUAAAAAAUUUUCUAAGGAAAGACUUUUAUUUCAAUAUCCAUAUGAUGAAAAACCACCUAUAAUAUACACAAUAGGAAAAACAGAAGAAGAAAAACGUAACAUUCAAAAGCAACGAGACAGACGAGAGCGCAGGGAGACUAGAAGAAAGAGCAGACUAUUACAGUCUACAUUUAGGGAUAGAUGUCAAGAAAUUUGUUUGAAGGCCUACAAUCAGGCGAUUGGGCUGUUACCUUUGCCCAAUCCUAAUUCACCUUUUUGUCCUUGUAACGAUAAACCUGAGCUGAAUGUCACUCCACCCAUCGUGGACUCCUGUUCAUGCUCCGAUGUCGCAACCAUUUCAAGUAGUGACACGGAUAAUGACGAGUGGGUUGUAGAAUUCACGCCACCCAUGGCUAGAUGGGAUGCUAAAGCUAAACACCCACCCACGUUUGCUUCCAAUGAAUGUCAGUAUAAUUACUUAGAUUAUAAAGUGAAAUUACUUGAUAAAAGUGGCAACGCGGUGCCGAGGUAUUUCAAAGGCCCAGAUGGUAAACAGGAAUGUAGUGACUUAGGCGGCUUCUGGAGUCCAAAACAUAUUUGGCUGGAAAUUAAUAAAGAUGGGUAUAUUGGACCGGAUAAUCGUUGGGUGCCGAUGAGUUUUACCGGACCUGACGGAUUAUACUAUUCAGCAGAGGAAGGAUCGUUCACGGAUGGUGCGGGACAAACUUGGAAAAUUGGAGUGGAUGGAUAUAUUGAAAAGGAUGGCAACUGGCAGUUUUAUCCUAAAAAGAAAGCACCUAAAAGCACUAAAUCAAAGUCAACUGCUACGGGUUCGUCUAUAGAUCGGAAAAAAGGAGCAAAAUCACCGGAAUGUGUGAAUAAAGCAAAAACUGGUGAAACAAGAACGAAGAAAGAAGAAACUCCAGCAGCAGCUGCACCAGUAUCACCACCUGUUUCAAUGACAAAAUCAAAGGUGUCAGCGCCUGAGAAAAAGAAAUUUAAUAAUCAACCGCCGCCCAAAUCAACAUCUCCAUUAUCACAAGCUAGAUCCAUUAAAGAGCACACUAAAGAAAAAAGAAAUGUUCAUCAUGCGCAAAAAUCCAAGAACGCUAUGGUGAUGAGUGCUUCAGUUGAUUAUGCAGCGAAUAAGUUUCCACGUUUUAUCCCAGUAGACCGUCAACAUUUUAUGGAUCAAAGGAAAUUAGCAAAAUAUCGGGAAAUCAUUGAAGAUCUUAGAGCAUACGACGAUAUAGGAGAUUUAGCGCCACCUGUUAGGGCAAAUAGAGCUUCAAACACUCCAAGAAAAAAGUCUCCAAUGUUGCAACGCUAUGUGAGCAGCAGCGAGAGAAAGUCUCUCGGCGCGGACAGAUCCGUUGGAUUCAGAACAUCAACCACUUCUUCUCCGUUUUAUCAUUCGCUAAUGACUAAAUCAGCGGCAGAAAGUGUUCGCUGA